CAGUGAGUUUGCAGUUGGUCUUGACCAUUCUGGAGUGAAAGAAGCUACUGGCCUCACCUCCCAUACUAUUAGAUACUCCUCCUGAGGCUCUGGAAGAAAACCACCUGAAGGCCUCUUAGAAGGCAAACUUCAUGCUUCUGUGAUCCUCUCUGAAUUUUACAGAGAUACAUAAUAAAGUCACAUUCAGAUUAACUGCAAGAAACAACAGUAUGGAUGAAUAUGGAGUCCAUAUCAAUGUAACGUUUUAUAACAAACUUCCUGGCACAUGGAUGGAAUUUUUCAAGACGGUAUUAUUGAGCACUCCCAAGGACCUCCCUGAAAUCAUUCUAGUAUUGUCUUUGAUCUGUGCUAUUGGAGCAUUUUUGAACAUGCACUUGAAAGACUUUCCAAUUCCUCUCCCUGUGAUAUUAUUUUUAAUUGGAUGCAGUUUUGAAAUACUAAGUUUUACAUCUUUCCAGAUCCAAAGAUAUGCAGAUGCCAUACAAUGGAUGAACCCAGAGUUAUUUUUUGGUAUAUUUACACCAGUAAUUAUCUUUAAUGUUGCAUAUGACAUGGAUGUAUACAUGCUUCAAAAGUUAUUUUGGCAGAUACUUUUAAUCACAAUUCCUGGCUUUGUGAUUAAUUAUGUUUUAAUUCUUUGGUAUCUGCAAUCUGUGAAUAAAUUACUUUUGAAGACCAUCCCAUGGCUCCUAUUUGCAGUUAUUCUUAUGAGUUCAGACCCCAUGCUGACUGCAGCUGCCAUAAGAGACCUUGGUCUUUCAAGAGCCCUCACAAAUCUAAUUAGUGGAGAAAGUCUGAUGACCUCUGUUAUAUCAAUAAUUGUAUUCAGUACUAUUGUGAAUAUUAACUUCAAAAGACAAUAUUCGAAGGCCAAACCCCUAGGUGAGUUGGUUGAAAUGUCUGGAAUAUUCACUCUGGCCAUUAUGGGACUUUUUUUAAAUUCUACGAGUUUUAAACCAGGAGUCGAAGCGCUUCUUCUCGAACUUCUGGUUUUUAUAAUGAUGAGUCCCAUUUUGUCUCGACUUGGUCAUGGGUUCAGCUGGCGCUGGGCAUUCAUAAUGGUCUGGAGUGAAAUGAAAGGGACACCAAACAUAAGCAUGGCCCUUCUGGUUGCCUACUCGAACUUUUCUGUUGGAACAGAAAGGGAAAAAUCUCAAGUACUAUUUCAUGGAGUGUUGGUAUGCUUAAUUAAUCUGAUUAUCAAUAGAUUUAUUUUGCCGAUGGCAGUCACUAAACUAGGUCUUCGAGAUGUCACAUCAACAAAAUAUAAAUCAGUUUAUUACACAUUUCAACAUUUUCAAGAGCUAACCAAAUCUACAGCAUCUGCACUCAAAUUUGACAAAGAUCUUGCUAAUGCUGAUUGGAACAUGGUUGAGAAGGCAAUUGUACUUCAAAAUCCAUAUGCAUUAAAACAAGGAGAAACAACAGAACAUCAGAAGGUGGUAUGUCCAGACUGUAACAAGGAAAUAAAUGAGACCCUUAACAUUGAAGCAGUAAAGCUGGCCAACAGGCGCCUCCUGUCAGCACAAAUUGUGAGUACUCUAUCAUAUAUGACUCCUGAGACAAUAAAGCAUUAUUCUGAAAGCAAAAAACUACUUAGCUUCCUUAGAAAAGUACUGCUCAAUUGGGUAUACAAUACUAAGAAAGAUAAAGGGAUUCCAUCAAGAUAUUGCUUUCUUCGUCUAUGCCAUAAAAUAGUAUUUACUGAUGAAUUUGAGUAUAUUGGAUACCUUGUGGUACUAAUGAAUAUAUUUCCUAUUAUAAUCUCUUGGAUAUCCCAGUUAAAUGACAUCUAUGAGCAUGAAAUAAGAUUCACUAACUAUUAUUUCCUUGCAUUUUAUAUUCUAGAGGAUCUACUUAAGAUGGCAGCAAUGAGGAAGGACUAUUUUUCGCACACUUGGAAUAUUUUUGAGUCAGUAAUUUCAUUGAUUGGCAUCAUAGAUAUAAUACUUACUGAGACAAAUUUCAUUAAUUAUUAUUUGAAUUUCAUUGAAGCCAAAGUGAUCUUUAUGAAAAUAGUUCGACUCCUUCGUAUAUUACGCAUUUUGAAGCUCAUAACUCCAAAGUUGCUGCAAAUAAUAGAUAAAAGGAUGAGUCAUCAGCUGUCCUUUCGGUAUGCUAUACUAAAAGGAUACGUCCAAGGUGAAGCAGAUGUCAUGAAUAUAAUUGAUCGGAUUGCAAGUUCUGAACAAAUUAAACAGAUGUUAUUAAUUCAGGUAACAAGUAAUAUGGAACAAGCUAUGAAAGAGCUGGGUUACUUGGAGUAUGAUCACCCAGAAAUCGCUGUCACUAUGAAAACAAAGGACGAGAUUAACGUCAUGCUCAAUAUGGCGAGAGAAAUUGUCAAGGCGUUCAGGUUAGAAGGAAUUCUUCAUAAAAUUGAAGGUGCUGAAAUUUUUAAGGUAAUCAUGGCCAAAAAAAGAGAGGUGCUUGAUUUUCAAUCUGUUAUCAAGCCACUAACUGUUGACGAAACUAUGUAUCACAUCCCGUGGCUUGAGAAAGACAAAGACCGUAUAGACUUUAUUCAGGAAAGAGCUAAAAUUGUAACAUUUGAUUGUGGAAAUGAUAUAUUUGAAGAAGGUGAUGAGCCAAAAGGAAUCUAUAUUAUUAUUUCAGGGAUGGUAAAGCUUAAAAGAGUAAAUCUGGGUACAGAGAAUGAGACAAUACUCCUGGAGACAGAGGAGAAAGCUUACCCAGUCAUUUACACAGACUAUGUGCUCAGCGGUGAAAUAAUAGGAGAGUUAAACUGCUUAACUAAUGAGCCAAUGAAAUAUUCUGCUACCUGCAAAACUGUAGUGGAGACAUAUUUUAUCCCAAAAUCUCACUUGUAUGAAGCCUUUAGACAAAAGUAUCCUGGCAUGGAAGAUAAAAUGUGGCUAAAAAUUGGACGUGGAAUUACUGCCCAAAAAAUCAGGGAACAUUUAUCUUAUGAGGACUGGAACUAUAAGAUGCAAUUAGAGCUCUAUAACAUGCACAUAAGAGAUAUACCGAAAAAUACCAAAAUUGGUAUCUAUGAUGAAAGUGUAACCUAUGUUAUCCUCAUACAUGGAGCUGUAGAAGAUUGUCUGUCACGAAAACUUUAUAAGGCACCUUUCUUAAUUCCUAUAACAUGCCAUCAGAUACAAGGCAUAGAAGAUUUCACAAAAAUAAUGAUUAUUCAAACUUCAAUUGAUCUGGAAAAACACACGUGGAACACAAGAAAGUAUAUGUCUACACCUAAAACUUCCCUGAAACUAGGAUCAAUAAUUUCAAGUGGAUUCCUGGAAGAAGAACUGCAAGAAGAAAGUGAUAUUAAGGAGGAGGCUGAAGAGUCUGAAACAUUCCUCGAGGAGAAUAUUAAAGUCUAAAGCAUCUCCUAGAAAAAACCUAAAUGAAAACCUGAAGCAGUUGACAAGCCUGUUCUGAAGAUGGAAGCAAGCAUCGCUGUGACUGUGUUGGGAGGCCUGCUGUGGCUGCAGCACACUUCCGUCAUCCAGAGGGGCCAGCUUCUCGUUGGAUCCUGCUUGGAUGCUCUUGGAGCUCUGCAGAAAAGGCAUCUGAACGUGGUGACCAGCCAGCUCAAAUCAUACAUAUAUAUUUGCAAAAUGUUCUUGAUAUAAAAUAUCUAUUAUUUUAAAUAUUCAGAUAUCUCAAAAAUAUUAGAAUAAGUUUUAGUCUUAAGAAUCAGAAAAAAAAAGCUUAUGUCACCUAAGGUAGUUUGAGCAUUGUCUUUAGAGUGAUAAUGAUUCGAUUCAUUUUAUUAUGGAUAAUAAAAUGCCACUAAAAUGUGGUUUAAAUGUUGCUCUUGA